CUGGAGAAACGAUAUUUUCAAAGUCUUGGUGCAUCCGAGGUGUGUCAUCUUGAUUUUGCACCACCCACCCUCCUGUUUUAUAUUCGGAGCUUGGAUUUUUUUGUCAGGCUGUUGGGCAGAAGCAGAUUCUAGUGUGACAGCUUGGAACUUCCCUUCUGUUCCAGUGCCGGUAACUGCCUGUCAUGGAGAUGGUACAGUGGGAGCUUGUGUCUGAAGAGCCAAAGAAAAUGAUGUGAAAAUGGAGUAGAGAUUACUAGAAAUCUGAACAUCCACACCUUGGGGAUGGGUUGCACUACUAGUGUGAUUCUGUUCAAAGGCAUCCGCACUGUUUUUGAAAGAAACUGUGCUUAUAUGUGCAAACAGCAAGGAGAGAAUAAUGUCCUUGAAUAUACAGCAUACAGUUGGACAAAAGAAGAUUCAGAACUAUUGAUCUCCUCCUGUCUGGCAAAACCAAAGCUUAUCGAGCCACUUGACUAUGAAAAUGUCAUUGUACAGAAGAAGACUCAGAUCCUGAAUGAUUGUUUGAGGGAGAUGCUGCUCUUCCCCUAUGAUGACUUUCAGACAGGUAUCCUGAGGCGGCAAGAUCGAUACAUAUGCUCCACAGUUCCUGCCAAUGCAGAGGAGAGAGCACAGAGCUUAUUUGUUACAGAAUGCAUCAAAACCUACAACUCUGACUGGCAUCUUGUGACCUAUAAAUACGAAGAUUACUCAGGAGAGUUUCGACAGAUUCCAAACAAAGCAGCUAAGUUGGAUAAACUUCCAGUUCAUGUCUAUGAAGUUGAUGAGGAGGUUGACAAAGAUGAGGAUGCUGCCUCCCUUGGUUCUCAGAAGGGUGGGAUCACCAAGCAUGGGUGGCUGUACAAAGGCAACAUGAACAGUGCAAUCAGCGUGACCAUGAGGUCAUUUAAGAGACGGUUUUUCCACCUGAUUCAACUUGGUGAUGGAUCCUACAAUUUGAAUUUUUACAAAGAUGAAAAGAUCUCCAAGGAACCAAAAGGAUCAAUAUUUUUGGAUUCCUGCAUGGGUGUGGUUCAGAACAAUAAAGUCCGGCGUUUUGCUUUUGAGCUCAAGAUGCAGGACAAAAGUACUUAUCUUUUGGCAGCUGAUAGUGAAGUGGAAAUGGAAGAAUGGAUCACAAUUCUAAACAAGAUUCUCCAGCUCAACUUUGAAGCUGCAAUGCAAGAAAAGCGAAAUGGAGACUCUCAUGAAGAUGAUGAACAAUGCAAACUGGAAGGAUCUGGUUCCGGUUUAGAUAGCUAUCUGCCCGAACUUGCCAAGCUCUCAGAUGUUUUUAAAACGUUAUUUAAGAAGAGUACCAGAGAAGCAGAAAUCAAACUGAAAAGUGAAAGCAGAGUUAAACUUUUUUACUUGGACCCAGAUGCCCAGAAGCUUGACUUUUCAUCAUCUGAGCCAGAAGUGAAGCCAUUUGAAGAGAAGUUUGGAAAAAGGAUUCUUGUCAAGUGCAAUGACCUGUCUUUCAAUUUGCAAUGCUGUAUUGCUGAAAAUGAAGACGGACCCACUACAAAUGUAGAGCCUUUCUUUGUUACUCUGUCCCUGUUUGACAUAAAAUACAACCGAAAGAUUUCUGCUGAUUUCCACGUGGACCUGAAUCACCUGUCAGUGCGGCAGAUGCUGGCUCCCAUGUCCCCAGCUCUACUGAAUGGCGGCCAGAGCCCACCUGCCCUUCAGGAUAUCCUUCACACAGCCGCCAUGCAGUAUCCAAAGCAGGGGAUAUUUUCAGUCACAUGUCCACAUCCAGAUAUAUUUCUUGUGGCCAGAAUUGAAAAAGUCCUUCAGGGGAGCAUCACACAUUGUGCUGAGCCAUAUAUGAAAAGUUCAGACUCUUCUAAGGUUGCUCAGAAGGUGCUGAAGAAUGCCAAGCAGGCAUGCCAAAGACUAGGACAGUACAGAAUGCCCUUUGCCUGGGCAGCAAGGACGUUGUUUAAGGAUACAGCUGGAAACCUUGACAAAAAUGCCAGGUUUUCUGCCAUCUACAGGCAAGACAGCAAUAAGCUAUCAAAUGAUGACAUGCUCAAGUUACUUGCAGACUUUCGGAAACCUGAGAAGAUGGCUAAACUCCCAGUAAUUUUAGGCAAUCUAGACAUUACGAUUGAUAAUGUUUCCUCAGACUUCCCUAAUUAUGUUAAUUCAUCAUAUAUUCCCAUGAAGCAAUUUGAACCCUGUACUAAGACUCCAAUCACAUUCGAAGUAGAGGAAUUUGUACCUUGCAUACCAAAACACACUCAGCCUUACACAAUCUACAACAAUCACCUGUAUGUUUAUCCUAAGUACUUGAAAUAUGACAGUCAAAAGUCUUUUGCCAAGGCCAGAAAUAUUGCAAUUUGCAUUGAAUUCAAAGAUUCAGAUGAGGAAGACUCUCAGGCCCUAAAGUGCAUUUAUGGCAGACCUGGAGGCCCAGUGUUCACAAGAAGCGCCUUUGCUGCUGUUUUACACCAUCACCAAAACCCAGAAUUUUAUGAUGAGAUUAAAAUAGAGUUGCCAACCCAGCUUCAUGAAAAGCAUCACUUGUUGCUCACAUUCUUCCAUGUCAGCUGUGACAGCUCAAGCAAAGGAAGUACAAAGAAGAAAGAUGUCAUUGAAACACAAGUUGGAUAUUCCUGGCUUCCUCUCCUGAAAGAUGGAAGGGUGGUGACUAAUGAGCAGCACAUCCCUGUUUCAUCUAAUCUUCCAUCUGGCUACCUUGGCUACCAGGAGCUUGGGAUGGGCAGGCAUUAUGGUCCAGAAAUUAAAUGGGUAGAUGGAGGAAAGCCACUGUUGAAAGUUUCUACUCAUUUAGUUUCUACGGUGUAUACACAGGAUCAGCAUUUACAUAAUUUUUUCCAGUACUGUCAGAAAACCGAAUCUGGAGCUCAGGCUGUAGGAAAUGAACUUGUAAAAUACCUUAAGAGUCUGCAUGCAAUGGAAGGCCACGUGAUGAUCGCCUUCCUGCCCACCAUCCUAAACCAGCUAUUCCGAGUCCUCACCAGAGCCACCCAGGAGGAAGUCGCAGUUAAUGUGACCCGGGUCAUUAUUCAUGUGGUUGCCCAGUGCCAUGAGGAAGGAUUGGAGAGCCACUUGAGGUCAUAUGUUAAGUAUGCUUAUAAGGCUGAGCCGUAUAUUGCUUCUGAAUAUAAGACAGUGCACGAAGAGCUGACUAAAUCCAUGACCACCAUUCUCAAGCCUUCUGCUGAUUUCCUCACAAGCAACAAACUACUGAAGUAUUCUUGGUUUUUCUUUGAUGUGCUGAUAAAAUCCAUGGCUCAGCAUUUGAUAGAAAAUUCCAAAGUUAAGUUAUUGCGGAACCAGAGAUUUCCUGCCUCCUAUCAUCAUGCAGUGGAAACUGUUGUGAAUAUGCUGAUGCCACACAUCACUCAGAAAUUUCGAGAUAACCCUGAGGCAUCUAAGAAUGCAAACCAUAGCCUCGCUGUCUUCAUCAAGAGGUGCUUCACCUUCAUGGACAGGGGCUUCGUCUUUAAACAGAUCAACAACUACAUCAGCUGCUUUGCUCCUGGAGACCCCAAGACCCUCUUUGAAUACAAAUUUGAAUUUCUCCGGGUGGUGUGCAGCCAUGAACAUUAUAUUCCUUUGAACUUACCAAUGCCAUUUGGAAAAGGCAGGAUUCAAAGAUAUCAAGAUCUCCAGCUUGACUACUCAUUAACGGAUGAGUUCUGCAGAAACCACUUCUUGGUGGGCCUGUUACUGAGAGAAGUGGGCACUGCCCUCCAAGAAUUCCGGGAGGUCCGUGUGAUUGCCAUCAGUGUGCUCAAGAACCUGCUGAUAAAGCAUUCUUUUGAUGACAGAUACGCAUCUAGGAGUCAUCAGGCAAGGAUAGCCACUCUCUACCUGCCUCUGUUCGGGCUGCUUAUUGAAAAUGUCCAGCGGAUCAAUGUGAGGGAUGUGUCACCUUUCCCCGUGAACCCUGGCAGUACUGUGAAGGAUGAACCCCUUGCUCUGCCAGCUGGGAACACACUUGUGACACCACAGAAGGGAAACACUCUGGACCACAGCCUGCACAAAGACCUCUUAGGCGCCAUCUCUGGCAUUGCUUCUCCAUAUACAACUUCAACUCCAAACAUCAACAGUGUGAGAAGUGCUGACUCAAGAGGGUCUCUUAUAAGCACAGAUUCGGGUAACAGCCUUCCAGAAAGAAAUAGUGAGAAGAGCAAUUCCCUAGAUAAGCACCAACAAAGUAGCACUUUGGGAAAUGCUGUGGUUCGCUGUGACAAACUUGACCAGUCUGAGAUUAAGAGCCUGCUGAUGUGUUUCCUCUACAUCUUAAAAAGCAUGUCUGAUGAUGCUCUGUUUACAUACUGGAACAAGGCUUCGACAUCUGAACUUAUGGAUUUUUUUACAAUAUCUGAAGUCUGCUUGCACCAGUUCCAGUACAUGGGGAAGCGAUACAUAGCCAGGAACCAGGAGGGGUUGGGACCCAUAGGUCAUGAUCGAAAAUCUCAGACAUUGCCUGUUUCCCGUAACAGAACAGGAAUGAUGCAUGCCAGAUUGCAGCAGCUGGGCAGCCUGGAUAACUCUGUCACUUUUAACCACAGCUAUGGCCACUCGGAUGCAGAUGUUCUUCACCAGUCGCUACUUGAAGCCAACAUUGCUACUGAGGUUUGCCUUACGGCUCUGGACACACUGUCUCUGUUUACACUGGCAUUUAAGAACCAGCUUUUGGCUGACCAUGGACACAAUCCUCUCAUGAAAAAAGUUUUUGACGUCUACCUGUGUUUUCUUCAAAAACAUCAGUCUGAAACGGCUUUAAAAAAUGUGUUCACUGCCUUAAGGUCAUUAAUUUAUAAGUUUCCCUCAACAUUCUAUGAAGGGAGGGCAGAUAUGUGUGCUGCUCUGUGCUAUGAGAUUCUCAAGUACUGCAACUCCAAGCUGAGUUCCAUACGAACAGAAGCCUCCCAGCUGCUCUACUUCCUGAUGAGGAACAACUUUGACUACACUGGGAAGAAAUCCUUUGUCCGGACACAUUUGCAAGUCAUCAUUUCUGUUAGCCAACUGAUUGCAGAUGUUGUCGGCAUUGGGGGAACCAGAUUCCAGCAGUCGUUGUCCAUCAUCAACAACUGUGCCAACAGUGACCGGCUCAUCAAGCACACCAGUUUCUCGUCCGAUGUGAAAGACUUGACCAAGAGGAUCCGCACAGUCCUCAUGGCCACAGCCCAGAUGAAGGAACAUGAGAAUGAUCCAGAGAUGCUAGUGGACCUCCAGUACAGCCUGGCCAAGUCCUACGCCAGCACCCCUGAGCUCAGGAAGACAUGGCUCGACAGCAUGGCCAGGAUUCAUGUCAAAAAUGGGGAUCUCUCAGAGGCAGCAAUGUGCUAUGUCCAUGUAACAGCUUUGGUGGCAGAAUAUCUCACACGGAAGGAGGCGGAACUAGCACUCCAGCGGGAGCCACUCCGCUUCCCCUACAGCCAUAGCACCUGCCAGAGGAGGAGCCGGGGAGGCAUGUUUAGACAGGGAUGCACAGCCUUCAGGGUCAUUACCCCCAACAUCGAUGAGGAGGCCUCCAUGAUGGAAGAUGUGGGAAUGCAGGAUGUCCACUUCAACGAGGACGUGUUGAUGGAGCUCCUUGAGCAGUGUGCAGAUGGACUCUGGAAGGCAGAGCGCUAUGAGCUGAUUGCUGACAUCUAUAAACUCAUCAUCCCCAUCUAUGAGAAACGCAGAGAUUUUGAGAGGCUAGCCCAUCUAUAUGACACACUGCACCGUGCCUAUAGCAAAGUGACUGAGGUCAUGCACUCAGGCCGCAGGCUCCUGGGGACCUACUUCCGGGUGGCUUUCUUUGGACAGGCAGCGCAAUACCAGUUUACUGACAGUGAAACAGAUGUGGAGGGAUUUUUUGAAGAUGAAGAUGGAAAGGAAUAUAUUUACAAAGAACCCAAACUCACACCUCUGUCAGAAAUUUCUCAGCGACUCCUUAAACUUUAUUCAGAUAAAUUUGGUUCUGAAAAUGUCAAAAUGAUACAGGAUUCUGGCAAGGUCAAUCCUAAGGAUCUGGAUUCCAAGUAUGCUUAUAUCCAGGUGACUCAUGUGACACCAUUCUUUGAUGAAAAAGAAUUGCAAGAAAGGAAGACAGAGUUUGAAAGAUCACACAAUAUUCGCCGCUUCAUGUUCGAGAUGCCCUUUACUCAGACUGGGAAAAGACAGGGUGGAGUUGAAGAGCAGUGCAAACGGCGCACCAUCCUGACAGCGAUACACUGCUUCCCUUACGUGAAGAAGCGGAUCCCUGUCAUGUACCAGCAUCACACUGACCUGAACCCCAUUGAAGUGGCCAUCGACGAGAUGAGUAAGAAAGUGGCUGAGCUCCGGCAGCUCUGCUCCUCGGCAGACGUGGACAUGAUCAAACUGCAGCUCAAACUCCAGGGCAGCGUGAGCGUUCAGGUCAAUGCUGGCCCCCUAGCAUAUGCCCGAGCCUUCUUGGAUGACAUGAAUACAAAAAGAUAUCCUGACAAUAAAGUGAAAUUGCUAAAGGAAGUUUUCAGGCAAUUUGUGGAAGCUUGCGGGCAAGCCUUGGCAGUAAAUGAACGCCUGAUUAAAGAAGACCAGUUAGAAUAUCAGGAAGAAAUGAAGGCCAACUACAGGGAAAUGGCAAAGGAGCUUUCCGAAAUCAUGCAUGAGCAGAUCUGCCCCCUGGAGGAGAAGACGAGUGUUUUGCCGAACUCCCUUCACAUCUUCAAUGCCAUCAGUGGAACUCCAACAAGCACAAUGGUUCAUGGGUUGACCAGCUCGGCCUCGGUUGUGUGAUUUCUCCUCGUAGACCAUGUGCGGAGACUUUGUCAUUGCAAACUCAGGAUGAUUUCUAAGCUAAUCACUGGGGAGACCGAGCACUGGGAGAAGCCAUGGGGAAUGGGAGAGAAAGGGAACAAGGACUGUGAUAUUUCAUAGCAGAUUUUCUACCGGAGUUGGAAGAGGGUAUGCAUAUUUUUUUAAAUUUCAGUGGCAAUAUUCAGAGUUUUCCUCGUGUCUUAACAGAGAUGUGUUAAGCUGGAGUUAAGUUUUAUUCUUCCUUACAGAGUAGUAUUAAAAUAAAUGGCCUAAAGAAGAAAAGUAUUCCAGAAUGGAUGUAGCAGGGACAGCAGCACUGAAACUGAAGCAGGGGUCUUCUGCCUCUGGAAUAAGCUGGAAAAUCUUGAAAAUAUUAUUUUUCCCUGUGGUACAUUCAGGGUGAAUACAAGAACUAUUUUUGUGACUAGUUUUUGAUGACGUAAGGGAACUGAUCAUUGUAAUUUUUGUACCAGUGAACGAGGAGAUUUAGUGCUUUUAUACUCAUUCCUUGCAUUUAAAACAUAGGAAAGCUUAAGAAACUAUGAGAGCUUAAAACUAGUCAAGCAGUUUAGAACCAAAGGCCUGUACUCACAAA